AUGAAUUUGAAGACUAUUUUGGUGCAAAAACAGACGCUUAUUUGUACGUGGGUGAUUCUCCUGACGCUCGUCUUUGUGUUACUGCUACUUUAUCUGCCCAGCGUAUCUUGUACUUCUGUGACAGGUCCGCGAUUUUGUAUCCCGCAGUACAAAGUUAGGUUUCUAGACGUCCUUGAUGAAGACAGGAAUCUCCUUCAAGGGCUCAAAGACUUGUUGCAGCUUCUAUCAUAUGUGGCUGUGGACCUUAGCUCCAGCAGUAGUAUGCCGGCGACCGAAGACUACGAUAGCAUCAACCUCGUCAAUACUUUUGACGCGUCUAAUACCUUCAAAAUUAAUUAUCUGGGAUUCUGUAAACAGCAGUUAACCAGAUCAAAAAUUCCGGCUUAUUGUAGUAACAAUCGAAACGGUUUAGAGCCCGUAUCUGCAUUAGUGAGGGAUGUCGGCAUUCAAUUUGGAAUAGUGGCGUCUAAAAAUCCUCACAUCAUGGGUGAAUCUUUUGUUUAUGUUUUCAAAAUGGGGCUGAGCACUUUGCUGGCGUCCCCUGAAGACUUCCCCGGUAAAGAAAGCGCAAUCAGCAAGUACCUCUCUACAAGAGCAACUAACGGCGGGGAGAGCCUCAAGUCAGCGGGCGAAACUUUUCAUCGAUUGGAAGAGCUGGCAUAUUGGUUGUCUAUGAUGCAGAGGUUUUGCUGGACUUUAGGAUGGGCUGGUCUCAUCGAAUUUUUCCUGUGUGUCAUCAUACUGAUAUCUUUAUUGCUCGCUGCCCCCGCAAACUUGUUUGGCAAAUGGCGCAAACACAUGUCUUGGUUUGAGGCAAUGGGAACGCUUCUUCUUAAGUCGCUUCCGAUUUUGGUUCUGCUUGUUAGUUUCUUUGACCUACUAUUUUCUGCGACCUGGUACAUUUCUUUGAAAAAGGCAUCCUCGCAUUACGGACUCACCCAUAAAUUCUAUGAUCUGAAGCUGGGCGAGGGAUUCUACAUCAAUGUGUGUAGACUUUUUUUCCAAUGUGUGAUCCUAUUCCAAGCUCUAAGGUUUACAAGGAAUAUAACGCUCGAAGUUCACAGUGAUGAGGAGCAUACUGAGAUAGGAUCCCCUCAAAAAGAUCUAGAAGCGGGAUCUGUCUUAUCUUCGGGAACAACUGUAUAA